CAACACUUUGAAGAAUCUAUCAAACCAAAUAACCCUCCCAAAAUGCAGUUCUUCAAUUUCAUUUCCUUUAUCUUUUUUGUGUUUUUCCUCUUUUUAUUAAGGAAAUGGAAGAACUCCAAUACCCAAAACAAAAUAUUGCCUCCUGGUCCAUGGAAAUUACCUUUAUUUGGAAGCAUGUUUCAUAUUCUAGGUGGACUUCCACACCAUGUCCUAAGAAAUUUAGCCAAAAAAUUUGGACCCCUUAUGCACCUUCAACUAGGGGAAAUGUCUAUAGUUGUAGUUACUUCUGCUGAGAUGGCAAAAGAAGUACUAAAAACUCAUGACCUCGCUUUUGCAUCUAGGCCUAAACUUUUGGCAGCCGAAAUUGUUAUUUACAAUUGUUCUGAUAUCGCAUUUUCCCCAUAUGGAGAUUACUGGAGACAAAUGCGUAAAAUCUGUAUGAUUGAAUUGCUUAGUGCUAAAAAUGUCAAGUCAUUCAGCUCGAUUAGACGAGAUGAAGUUCAUGGUAUGAUUGAAUUUUUUCGAUCAUCUACUGAUGAGCAAGUUAAUGUAACAAAAAGGAUUUAUCAAUUCGCAAGCUCUAUGACAUGUAGAUCAGCAUUUGGGAAAGUAUUUAAGGAGCAAGACGAACUUAUACUAUUAGUCAAAAGAAAUACAGCCUUAGUGGAAGGGUUUGAUGUGGCUGAUAUAUUUCCUUCACUUAAAUUUCUUCAUGUGCUAAGUGGAAUGAAGGCUAAAGUUAUGGAUGUCCAUCAUAAGUUAGAUGCCAUUCUUGAAAAUAUCAUCAAUGAGCGCAAAAAUAUUGCAACUGAUGAAUUAAGAGAUGAAGGUUUAAUUGACGUACUGCUAAGACUUAUGAAAGAGGGAGGCCUUCAAUUCCCAAUCACCAACGACAACAUUAAAGCCAUUAUUUUUGACAUAUUUUCUGCGGGAACAGAUACAUCAUCAGCAACAGUUGAUUGGGCCAUGGUGGAAAUGAUGAAGAAUCAAAGUAUACUCGCCAAAGCUCAAGCAGAGGUAAGAAAGACCUUCAGAGGGAAAGAAACUUUCUAUGAAAAUGAUGUCGAAGAGUUGAAAUACCUAAAGUUGGUCAUUAAAGAAACUUUGAGACUUCAUCCUCCACUUCCCCUUUUGCUCCCAAGAGAAUGUAGGGAAGAAACUAACAUAAACCGCUACACUAUUCCUUUGAAAACAAAAGUCAUGAUUAAUGUAUGGGCUAUUGGAAGAGAUCCAAAAUAUUGGGAUGAAGCAGAAAUCUUUAAACCUGAGAGAUUCGAGCACAACUCUAUGGAUUUUACUGGGAAUAAUUUUGAAUAUCUUCCCUUUGGUAGUGGAAGAAGGAAUUGCCCUGGGAUAUCAUUUGGUUUAGCUAACGUUUAUUUUCCUCUGGCUCAAUUGUUGUAUCAUUUUGAUUGGAAACUCCCAACUGGAAUCAAUUCAAGUGAUCUGGACUUAACUGAAUCGGCUGGAGCAACUUGUUCAAGAAAGAGCAACCUAUACUUGAUUGCUACUCCUUAUCAACCUUCUCAAGACUGAUAUCGAUGUCAUGAGUUUCUAAAAUAAGAUAGCUGGCUUUUGUAUUACUUUGUCAACCCUACCAUUGUACUUUAUUUUUCGGGUGUUUAGGGCUUACCCUAUUUUUAAUAUUUGUGUUCUAUAUCAUAUAGGAAUGUAUCAUGAUUGUUUUCGACACAAGCUGUCAAAUGAGAUUUUUAUUGUUUUUACA